GGGGUACGAAGAUGAUAUGGUGAAUGUGUACUCUCAAUCUGAUGAUACAACAAUAUCUUGAGAAGAGAAAACAUUUGAAGUCCUUGUUUGAGGAGGACCUAUCCUGUUUCAAAGAAUGUCAGUCUCACCAUCCUUUCGCCAAGGAUCAGUCCCCUCCCAUUGGCAAUGAGGACCAGUCCCCUCCAACAGGCAUUGAGGACCAGUCUCAUCCAACAGGCACUGAGGACCAGUCCCCUCCAACAGGCAUUGAGGACCAGUCUCAUCCAACAGGCACUGAGGACCAGUCUCCUACCACAGGCACUGAGGACCAGUCCCCUCAAACAGGCACUGAGGACCAGUUUCCUACCACAGGCACUGAGGACCAGUCUCAUCCAACAGGCACUGGGGACCAGUCCCCUCCCAUUGGCAAUGAGGACCAGUUUCCUCCAACAGGCACUGGGGACCAGUCUCCUCCAACAGGCAAUGAGGACCAGUCUCCUCCAACAGGCACUGAGGACCAGUCUCCUCCAACAGGCACUGGGGACCAGUCCCCUCCCAUUGGCAAUGAGGACCAGUCUCCUCCAACAGGCACUGAGGACCAGUCUCCUCCAACAGGCACUGAUCAUGAGGACCAGUCUCCUCCAACAGGCACCGAGGACAAGUCCCCUCCCAUUGGCACUGAGGACCAGUUGCCUACCACAGGCACUGAGGUCCAGUCCCCUACCAUAAUUUUGACUUCUGGACUGAACCAAUCACAACAGGAAGAUGUCAAAAAUGUGUGCCGAACGUUCGGUUGGGGAUUUUCUCAUUCCUUUCACCCAAAAAUCACCCAUCUUGUCAUAAAAACAGAACCUGAAGAAUGCAGAAUGUGUGACAGAAGUCUGAAAUUUUUACAAGCAAUUGCACACCAUGUUUUUAUUGUAAAUCUCCAAUGGAUAAGAGAUUCAGGAAGUAAAGGAAUUCGCCAAUCAGAGAAAAACUACGAGGUUAUUGGUGAUACUGGCACCAUUGAGAUGCAUAAUGGGCCCUAUCUAUCACGGACAAAGUCUAGUCUGCUACUAAAAGGUUUCAAUAUCCACCUCAUUGGACAGGCUGAAGAUCUAACAAAAGAUGACAUAACAAAGUUGAUUAUGGCUUGUGGAGGUACAGUCAUUGGUGCAUCAGAUGUGUGUCAUGAUUCUGUGAUUGUCACAUGCUAUAGCCAUGAGGGUGAAGAAAUGAAUGUUUUAUCUCCAGGAGAAAGAAAUGCAGUGAAAAACUCUGAUCAGUAUGAGGAUGACAACAACAGCAGUGACAGAGAUUCAAAGGAGAGAAGGCAUAGAGGUCGUGACUCUGAUCAGUAUGAGGAUGACAACAACAGCAGUGACAGAGAUUCAAAGGAGAGAAGACAUAGAGGUCUUGGCUCUGAUCAGUAUGAGGAUGACAACAACAGCAGUGACAGAGAUUCAAAGAAGAGAAGACAUAGAGGUCCUGGCUCUGAUCAGCAUGAAGAUGACAACAACAGCAGUGACAGAGAUUCAAAGGAGAAAAGGCAUAGAGGCCCUGGCGCUGAUCAGCAUGAAGAUGGCAUAUGUGAUACAGGUUCUAAGAAGAGAUGUCGACCUGAAGAUUCAAGCUCUGAUUUGGAAGACGAUAACAUUACCCGGGAUAUUAAUAGUAGCUCCCUUUACAUUAAAACAUACAAAAUAAAAAAAAACAAAAUGAAUCAAGGUCAGAGUAGAGGUGUAAGAAUUUAUGACAACCGUCAUGCUUGCUACUUUUGUGAGAAAGUUGUGCUACACAUAAAGGAACAUUUGAAAACACACAGAAACCAAGACAUGGUUAAAGACAUUCUCAAAAGUGAUCAGCCUAAUUUUACAUCAUUGAGAAAGUUCGGAGACGACCGUCAUAACAGGAAAUGCGUGGAAAAGAAACAGGGAGAAAUUAUCCUGGCCAGGCGGCCAAAGGGGAAGUUUGAUGUCACAGAUUAUGGUCCCUGCCCUAAUUGUAGGGAAUGGGUUAUGUUGGAUCAUUUAAAGCUUCAUUAUAGACAUUGCCAAAGCCAUGAAAAAAACACUGUAAAGAUGCGAAGGAAAGACCUGGUGUUUCAAGCUCAGGUUUUAGCUGGCCAUCUCAAGGAUGAACCAUCAUCACUCAUGAGUAAAGAAGUUCUGCCAAUUAUGACCAGGGAUGUGAUGUCCCAAACUGCCCAAAAUGAUCCACUUGUAAUGGCACUGGGAGAAAGUUGGUUAAGGCGUAACAGAGGAAAUGUUGAAAAAAGAAAGUAUUAUGCAAGUUCCAGAAUGAGGCUAUGUGCAAGGCUUCUCCUUGCCCUUAGAGAUACAAAGUCUAACAAGGAUGAAAAGACUUAUCUAGAAGAAGGAGAUGAUGAUGAGGGAGACGGGGAUGUUAAGUGUGAGGCACUUGUCCCAAAAGCAGAUGAUUCCAAAGGGUUAUGGCAUUAUCUGAAGCCCAACCAUUUUGAUGAUAUUGUUUUAGCUGCAAUAAAAUGUGCAAUUCCUAAUGCAGAUGACGAGGAUGAUUUGCUUGCCCCUAGCAAUGCUAUUAUGUUAAAAUACGACCUGCAUCGUCUUAUCAAUAGUAAGUGGGCUAUGAUAGUAAAAAAUGGAUCUGCAGAUGACGAGGAAGCAAAAAAUUGCAAGACAUUGCUAGCACUGAUGGACUUGGAAUGGGAGGAAAGAGUAACAAGGUUUGCUCGAUUGGUGUUGGCACGUAGGAAAUAUGAAUAUAAAAAUGAACUUCCCUCUCCGAAGGACAUUGAACAAAUCACAAAAUACCUGAGGAAAGAACUUGACCAUCUAGAACUUGUUGCAGAUAAUUUCAGGAGAUUAGUUGCCCUAUGCCAAGCCAGAAUACUGCUUUACAACAAGCGGAGAUCAGGAGAGGUUGAAACCAUCAAGCUUCAGUGUUAUGCCUCAAGAAGCAAGCCCUCUGAUGGUAUUGAUGAGUCCCUCGAGUCUGACCUUUCACCUGUAGAAAAGCAUUUGCUAGAAUCGCAGGAAUUCCUUCGAGUGCGAGGAAAGAGAGGAAGACCUGUACCGGUGAUAAUUCCACCUGAUGCCAAAAGAGCACUGGCAUUCCUGGCAUCGGUUAAGGGUAGACGAAGUUCUGGCAUUGUGGAGGGAAACCCGUAUCUUUUUCCAAAUUCAGUGAAUCACUAUGCCAGGGCAUACGAGUCGCUGAGAUUUGUUUGUGGGGAACUCGAUCUACGCGCACCACAUAAAAUCACAUCUGUGAGCAUGAGGAAGUACAUGGCAACCUUGACUCAGAUGAUGAACUUGGACAAAAAUCAGCUUGAAUGGGUGUACAGUCAUCUUGGGCAUACAAAAAAGGUCCACAAAGAACAUUACCGACAGUUGAGUGGGCUUGUCGAAAAGACCCAGGUCAGCAAGAUACUACUCAUCCAAGAUCUCAACCUGACAUCCAAAUUUCGCGGCCAGAAACUAGAUGAUUUUGACAUUAGAGACCUUGUGUUGCCUGAUGCGGACACCCAACUCCACUCUUCAGAUCACCUAUCAAUCCCAGUACAAAACAUGGAUCCAGAGGAGUGUAUGUAUUCAGAAGAGGCAGCCAAUGAAGAGGCCACAGAGGAAAAAGACGAGGAAGAAGACGAACUGGAUGAAGCAAAAGAGAAAACACCAAGGGUAUCUCGCCAGCGGUGGACAGCUGCAGAAAUGAAGGAGUUGAAAGAGUAUUUCAGUGAUUUUCUAAAAACAAAAACAACUCCCAGGCAAGCUGUCAUCGAAAAAAUGAAAAAGAAAAGUGAAAAGGCCAAUGGUGUUCUCCACCUCAGAGCUAACCACCUUAUCAUCAAAAAAAUAUCCUACAUAAAUCACUCAAAGUAAUUCCAUAAUUUCUGGAAAAUACAAAGACUAUUUGACAGUGAUGUUUAUUAGCCCACCAUCAUCAGAUGGUGGACUAUUCAAAUCGCCCAUCGUCUGUGGUCCGUCAUCCGUCCUUACACAGUUCUUGUUAUUGCUAUUUCUUGAGUUAUUAAAGGACCAUUCUCAAAUUUCAUAUGCAGGUUUCCCGUGAUUCCUAGUUGUGCGUGGUCCUUUUUUUGCUAAAGAAAACAAUAUGGCCGACAGUCAUCUUGGAUUUUCAUUGAUGAAUUUGUUAUCGCUAUUUCUGUGGGUCAUUCUCAGAUUUUAUAUGUAGGUUCCUCUUGGUCCCUAGUUGUGCAUUGUACCUUUUUGGAUUGAUCUGGAAAACAAUAAGACCGAUAGACGGCAUCUUAGAUUUUGAUAUCUAUAAAACAAUAAUAUGGGCAACAGACAGAUAUUUUAGAUUUGACAAUGAAAGUUUGUUAUCACUAUUUCUUGAAGUACAAGAUGGAUCUUUUUCAAGUUCAAUUUGUAGAUUUCCUUUGGUCCCUAGUUGUGUCCUUUUGAUUUUGAAGACUGAUCAGAAAAAAUCAGCAGGGAACCAUCCUGGAUUUGACAUUUUAAGGUUAUUAUUGCUAUUUCGUAGACAGAAAACAGAGGAAAGAAGAGAAAAUAAGGGAAAAUAUCCAGGAAUAAUUGAAGAGCAAACGAUGGUGGGUGCCAAGAUUCCUCUUGGAUAUCUUGUUGCUGAAGUAUAACUGCUCUGAGCAGAAGGGAUUGUUGCAUAUCUGUGUUGAUGGACUAAACAAACCAUUUCAAAUUGAUUGAAAACCUCUCUGUAAAAGAAACUAAUGCUUUUCACAAGAUCCAUGGUUUCUUGCAUAAUUUUUAUUUUGUUACAAGAAGUAACUGAAUCGGUAAUUUGAUGUCCUUUUUCCCAAGGAUCUGUUUCUACCUUUUUAUUUGAUCCUGUAUUUACUGUUCGAGUAUUAUGUAUAUUGCUUCCAUUUCAACAAGUUAUGAUGAUGCAGUAGAUUGACCAGAUUUGAUUUCAGAAAGAUGUUAUGGAGUUGGAUUUGGAGUAAAAGGAUGAUAUACAUAUAUAUAUAUAUAUCUGUUGAUUGACUAUACAAAGCAUUUCACAAUAAUUAACAUUCAUUUA